UCACUGUUUGAGAAGCCAAAAACCGUUUAAAUCAAAUUGCGUAAAGAAACCGUUGAAAUCACAAAUUCACAAACCCUAAACCCUAAAGCUCAGUGCUUUUUAGCUUGAAAGAAGAAGAAGAAGCGGAAAAUGGAGCAAGGAACCUUAUUGGACGAAGCUCUAGGGUCUCUCCAUCUCAGUGGUCGCGUUGUUCUCCUCGAAGACUGCGUCGAGACCAGUGCCGCUUUCGUCCUGCACCACAUUCUCAAGCGCUCUCUUUCUCAGCCUCCUCACUCCUCCAACGUCGUCGUUUUUGUUGCCUUCGCUCACCCCUUCUCUCACUACGAUCGGAUCCUCCGAAGACUGGGUUGCAACUUAGUUGUGCAAAGGGACAAUAACAGAUUCUUUUUCUUUGACGUGCUUGUGGAUUGCCCAGAUGGUGAAGAAGGAAAAAACAGUGAUGAUGGACUUGUUGCUUUGUAUGGGAAAAUCCAAAAGACUAUAAGUGCCUUACCUCAAGAGAACAAGAACUGUAUCACUGUUAUGAUUGAUGAUAUCUCUCUGAUGGAGGUGGCUGCUAAGGGAUCUACAAAUCUUGUUUUAGACUUUCUUCAUUACUGCCACACUUUAGUAUCAGAAUUUGGUUGUUCCUUAGUCAUGCUCAAUCAUGACGAUAUAUAUUCAGACACGGUGAGGCCCUCCCUUAUUUUACAGAUGGAGUAUCUAGCAGACAUUCUGAUAAGAGCAGAACCGUUGGCCACUGGUUUGGCAUCAGAUGUGCAUGGGCAGUUGACAGUCCUGAACAGGGGGAAGGAGAGAUCAAGAAACAAGCUGUCUAAUUUCCAAUUCAAAGUAAAGGAAAACAGUGUCGAAUAUUUCUAUCCUGGAAGCAGGACUUGAAGACCAUUUAUGCUUGAGGAAUUUCAAAUUGUGGGUGAACAUAGCAAUUGAGGCUCCCAAGUAAUGAGGAAGAGUUUACCUGCUCGCUAAGGUUCUGUACUAUUGUGGAGACUCUUGUCCCCUCGUAAUGAUACUCGGAGAUCCAACUACAAGAAGACAAAUAGUUUGAUACAAUAUUGCUUUGUUACUUUGAAGGCUGUAACUCUAAUCUUAUAAUGGAAAUGCUUAGAAUUUUCUUUUCUCAUUUUUUUAUUCUGCAUCCUACUUGAAUGGAUAUUUGCAAGCCAAAUUCAGUGGCAGUGGCUACACAGGGAGGGGGUGUUUCUCACACACACAUCGAACUUGAGAUCACUGAUUUGCAAGUCAAUGCUCUUUUUCACUGGGCUAGACUUCGUUGGCUUUUGGGCCUAAUUUUAUUUUGUAAUGUUUUAAGUCAAUCCAGUUUUGGAUAUGGGAGAAUCACGAGCACCGGAACUCACUCAGAUGGACUGCCUAGUAUCACGUUGUUUGCUUGAAAGGCUUGCCUGACUGACGUACUAGACUAAGCUAAGUUAGGUCACCCAAUCGUAUGGGCAGCCAGCCAUCAAACCACAUUUAUUUCUUCUUCUUCACUCCCAUCUCAGAAAUGGCCAAGAAACCUGUGAAAACCACAAUACACAUAUAAUCUCUCUCUCUCUCUCUCCACAUACAGAAUAUAUAUCACCCUAUCUCUAUCUCUCUGUACUAUAUUGUUACCAGCAUUCAGAUCUUCUGUGUUUGUUUUACAUUCAUACAGAUUGGGAGAUGUUGUCAUGGCAUGCAAGUACAAAUUCAAUUGAUGUAUCAUUUUGCUUUAUCUUCUCUUUCUGUGGAGACAUAAGGGCGGCCAUGAAUUUCGACGUCAUUCCAGGCUAACUCUGCAGAACAUGUGAUUUCAGGCUAACUCUGUGGGAAGCCAACAGGAAGGGGAACUGAUUAACGUUAUCAUUCAAAAUCACAGGUUAGGCUCCUUCUGACCUUUGGCCCCUGUAAUGUAUAUCAUCUUGUGUAUGAGGUUUUUAUAUACAGGUCUCAGCAUAAGGUCAAAUCCAUCCAAAAAGAAACGAACAUCAAAACAGGAAGGAUCCGAAAAUCAACAAAGGCAAUAAGGCCAUGACAAAUUCUUUAUUCAAACCAUCCAAUGGUGCAUAUGCCAGUUUUGAAUAACAAAAUACCAUAUUUAAGUUUCACUGGAGAAGGCAAUCCUAUCAGGUUAGAAGACAAAUGGAAGUGGGGCAGAGUUCAAACUCUGUAUCAUCAGCCAAAUGCAAAGAGGUUGCUGUUUCCUAUGAAAAGGGAAAGGAGCAUGAAA